CAAGCGAAUAGUGGUUGUUCAAGUUGUCAGUCCCUAUAUAUUGGAACUCUAUACCCCUCAACUUAGUAGUAAUUGAAGUUCGCAAUAUCAGACAUGGCUGCAAGAGUAGUAAGACAUGGAGUUAUUCUUGUACUGCCUCUCUUGCUGGCGAGCUUUGUAACUCAGGCAGGUGGAACAACCCCACAAGACUUCAUAAAAUCUUCAUGCAGAGCAACGCGCUACCCUGCUGUCUGCGUGGAAUGCCUCAUGAGCUACGCAGGCGUGAUUGGCCAAAGCAAGAGGCAACUAGCCCUGGCGGCCUUAUCAGUGAGCAUAUCAAGGACACGGUCGUGUUCAUCGUUCGUGAAGAAGAUGGCGAAGGAGAUGAAGAUGAAGCCAAGGGAGUUAGGAGCGGUACAGGACUGCAUAGAAAACAUGGGGGACAGCAUAGACAGGCUGAGCCAAUCGGUGAGGGAGAUGGGGCGCGUGGGUGAAGGAGUGGGAGAGGAAUUUGAGUGGCACAUGAGCAACGUGCAGACAUGGGUGAGUGCUGCACUCACCGACGACAACACAUGUCUUGAUGGCUUUGGUGGCCGUGCCAUGAAUGGCAACGUCAAGGCAGCCAUUAGAGGCAGGGUCCUCCAUGUUGCUCAGCUCACAAGUAACGCCCUCGCUUUGGUUAAUCGCUUUGCUUCCACACACUCUCUUCAAACUUCUCCAAUCUUAAACUAAUAAAUGCUUAGUUUCAGCUGUUGGGAUGUUUAAGUUUUAGAUUUGGUGAUGACUAAGACUUAGGUGUGUGUUGGUUUGAGUGUCGUUUUCUGUAAUAUAUGGAUUUUGUAUGAUGUAUCAUGUAUCUAAUCUAAGUUGUGAGUUGAUGUUUC